GCGCAGCGUGUUCCCGGCGUUGCAGCGGCAGACCGGGUGCAAGGCGGCGCCAGCGGAGGAGCAGGGAGAAGCGAGCUCGGCCGAUGCCGGUGAGGGCCGCCAUGGGGCCCCGCGAUGGGCGCAGCCGGGCGCUGGGCGGCGGCACCGCGCCGCGCGCCGCCGCCUGCUGCUGCUAACCGCCGCCGCCGCCGCCAUGUCGACCGGGCCGUCCGCCGUCUUCCCCGGCCAGCCAUGACGGCCGCCUGCACCAUCCUGCUCUUGGCCCUGCGGCUUGCGCCAGUUUUGGCAUCUGAAGACGAGGAGCGGCUGGUGCGAGAUCUUUUUCGGGACUACAACAAGCUGAUCCGGCCCGUGGAAAUAAUGAACAUGACGGUGGAAGUGCAGUUUGGGUUGUCAUUCAUCCAGCUCAUCAACGUGAACGAGAAGAAUCAAAUCAUGACGUCCAACGUGUGGCUGCAGCUGGUCUGGACCGACUACCAGCUCAAAUGGGACGAGGCGGACUACGGCGGCAUUUCGGUGCUGCGGCUGCCUCCGGACAAGGUCUGGAAGCCGGACAUCGUGCUCUUCAACAACGCGGACGGCAACUACGAGGUGCGCUACAAGUCGAACGUGCUCAUCUACCCUAGCGGCCAGGUGAUGUGGGUGCCGCCGGCCAUCUACCAGAGCUCGUGCACCAUCGACGUGACGUACUUCCCGUUCGACCAGCAGAAGUGCGUGAUGAAGUUCGGCUCGUGGACGUUCAACGGCGACCAAGUGUCCUUAAAGCUGUAUAACGACAACUACUGGGUGGACCUGUCCGACUACUGGAAGAGCGGCACCUGGGACAUCGUGGAGGUUCCGGCGUUCCUCAACCGGCACAACAACAGCAAGCAGCAGCGGCCCACGGAGACAGACAUCUCCUUCUACAUCACCAUCCGCCGCAAGACGCUCUUCUACACGGUCAACCUGAUCCUGCCCACGGUGCUCAUCUCGUUCCUCUGCAUACUGGUCUUCUACCUGCCGGCCGAAGCCGGCGAGAAGGUGACGCUGGGCAUCUCCAUCCUGCUCUCGCUGGUCGUCUUCCUGCUGCUCGUCUCCAAGAUCCUGCCGCCCACGUCGCUGGUGCUGCCGCUGAUCGCCAAGUACCUGCUAUUCACCUUCCUCAUGAACACCAUGUCGAUCCUGGUGACCGUGAUCAUCAUCAACUGGAACUUCCGCGGCCCGCGCACGCACCGCAUGCCCAACUGGAUCCGCGUCCUCUUCCUCAAGUACCUGCCGGCCAUGCUGCUCAUGAAGCGGCCGCACAAGACGCGCCUGCGCUGGAUGAUGGAGAUGCCAGGCGUCGGCAUGCACCACUACCACCCGAGGCCGCCGCCGCCGCCGCCCGCCGCCGCGGCCGUGCCUCCCGCGGUGCCGCCGCCCCCUCCGCCGCCGCCGCCCGCGCACCACCUGGCGGCCAAGCACGGCGGCGGCAAGCACGAGUGCCUCGAGCUGGCCGACGUGCACCACCCCAACUGCACGCGCAAGGCGGCCGGCCCGCCGGCGCUGGCCGGCGGCCGCCGGGACUCGGUCGACGGCCGCGACUCGGCCGCGGGCGACGUGCUCUACCUCAGCCCGGAGGCGUACCGCGCCACCGAGGCGAUCGAGUUCAUCGCCGAGCACCUGCGCUGCGAGGACGAGUACAUUCAGAUCCGCGAGGACUGGAAGUACGUGGCCAUGGUGAUCGACCGGCUGCAGCUGUACAUCUUCUUCGCGGUCACCACGGCGGGCACCGUGGGCAUCCUACUGGACGCGCCGCACAUCUUCCAGUACGUGGACCAGGACAAGGUCAUCGAGAUCCACCGCGGCAAGCCCACGUGAGCGGGCCCCCAAGCAUCUAUACGUACAGUCUCUUCUAUAUACUCGGACCAUAGGUCUAGGCGGACAAAAACACGUGGCAUGUCAUGCUGCUGCGCGCGACUUUCGGGCCACACCUCAAAGUACUAUCUGGAAGUUGCCACUGAUUGCUCAAGACUGUGCUGCGCCCCGGGGGGACGAGGAGAGAGACCGCCGCCGCUGCUGCUGUGCGCCGCCCCCUCGACGAUGCAGCCGGCGGCCGCGUGCGCUCAACGCGACACGACUAUGUUUGCAUUCGACGAGUAAAAAAUGUUUGUUCUCU